AUGCUAUCUGGACUAGGACUAGUUCUUGCGUUGGGUGCGCAGAGUGUCUUGGGCAUUGGACAUUCUGCAUGGAAGCUGAGGCAUAUGGACCAAUUAGUCACGUUUGGUAAUAGUUAUACAGACGAGUCGAGGCUCCUGUAUUUUGUUCUGAAUCAGGAGGCUCCUCCCAUUGGGUGGAUAGCGCCAGAGAACGACGUUACCUCCAGCGGUGGCCGCAUUUGGGCUCGUUAUGUGAGCGAUUAUACAGGUGCAGAGCUCUACAACUACGCGGUCAGUGGGGCAACGUGCUCUAACUGCAUCACGCCACGGUACUUUGGCCCCAUCAACGGCAUCUUCCCUUCCGUUGACCAAUACGAAAUCCCUACUUUUCUUGCCGAUGCGAACUAUCGAGAUCCGCAAACAGGACAACCAGUCUUAACUCUCACCCGGAGCAAUACUGUAUAUGCCAUUUGGAUUGGCACAAAUGACCUAGGCAACGGGGCGUUCAUAGAUGAUGCGCAAGUGGCUGGCAAGACACUCCUGGAUUACGUCGAGUGCAUUUUCCGUUCAAUCGAACGGCUCUAUGAAUUCCACCACAUUGGAGCUUCAGCUGAAUGUGCCGCCAUUGGAUUUGUUGCCACUGUAUGCUUUGCCGGAGAUGGGUGGGGUGGAGACAUCCACGUUCUGGCCGGAUAA